CAUGGCGGAGAGUGGUGCCUUGGCAGUUCCGAGCCCGCGCGGGCGUGGCGACGGGGAGGAUACGGACGCCGCGGAGCCCGAGCUAAUGGAACAGGCGAGGAACGACCAGGAGCAGAUAGAGUGCCAUGAGCUGUUGGACUGCCAGGUGGAGAUUGGAGUCCCUGAGGAGGAGCAGGAGGACGACGCGGACGUGGCGGCGAAGGCCGAGGCCGUGGCUGCUGGGUGGAUGCUGGACUUCCUCUGCCUCUCGCUGUGCCGGGCGUUCCGCGACGGCCGUUCAGAGGACUUCCACCGCAUCCGCGACAGCGCCGAGGCUAUUAUUCAUGGACUCUCUAGUCUUACAUCUGAUCAGUUGAGAACUGUUUACAUAUGCCAGUUUUUGACAAGAAUCGCAGCAGGAAAAUCUCUUGAUGCGCAGUUUGAAAGUGAUGAGCGGAUUACACCCUUGGAAUCAGCCCUCAAUAUUUGGACUUCAGUUGAAAAACAACAUGACAAACUUCAUGAAGAAAUACAGAAUUUAAUUAAAAUUCAGGCUAUCGCUGUUUGUAUGGAACAUGGCAGUUUUAAGGAAGCAGAAGAAGUUUUUGAAAGAAUAUUUGGUGACCCAUAUUGUCAUACGACGUUGGAGAGGAAAUUGCUUAUGAUAAUCUCUCAGAAAGAUCCGUAUCACUCCUUUUUUCAACAUUUUAGCUACAAUCACAUGAUGGAGAAAGUUAGGAUUUACGUGAAUUGUGUGCUAAGUGAAAAAUCAUCAGCUUUUCUAAUGAAGGCAGCAGUAAAAGUAGUAGAAAGUGAGAAAACAAAAGUAAUAACUUCUCAAGAUAAACCUAAUGGUGAUGAUGAAACAGAAACUGAAGCUACUUUGAUGAAAGGAAAAAGGUCUCACAAGAAUAUCUUCUUAUCUCAGUUGGAACAAAGAAGCAGUCAGCAAGAUCUUAAUAAAGAGAGAGUGGGAAUCCUUCAAAGUGGAAGAAAGGAAAACAGAAGAGACACUAAUAGACCGGUUUCAACAAAUCAACCAGUAACUCAUGAGAAACGAGUUAGGAAAAGACAGCCAUGGCUUUGGGAAGAAGACAAGAACUUGAAGUCCGGUGUGAGGAAAUAUGGAGAGGGAAAUUGGACUAAAAUCCUGUUACAUUACAAAUUCAACAACCGAACAAGUGUCAUGUUAAAAGACAGGUGGAGGACCAUGAAGAAACUAAAACUGAUUUGCUCAGACAGUGAAGACUGAAUAUGCUUUUUCAGCGUUUAAUAAGAGGACAGUUAAAUAUUUUGUUUGCUACAUUAUAUUUGCAACUUGCUGGUCAUUGAGGUAUGUUAAAACUCUAGUUUAUUUUUACUUGUCAGUUUACCUGGUGGUGCCAGGGGAUGUG